GUGGGUGCUUAAAAGCGAAGGGUGUAUUUUGUAUUGUAUUUCCUCGUUAUGGCCAGUAACAAUUAUAGGUUACACUAAAUCGUAAUCAGAUCUAAUGGAUUCGAAAUUCAAAUUAAUAGAUGAUGAUAAAGAGAAUAACGAUGAGCUGUCACUGGACGUCGAACAGGCUAUUCGUAGCAGUUCGAUUAUGUCCAAAGCUCCAAUUGUGCAAUUUCUAAACAGAUCUUAUAGUAGUCUAGCACCAUUUUCUGGCAUUUACUGUUAUAAGGUUUGGGUGUCUGAGGUACCACCAAAUAGAUCUCGUCAUUACUCGUAUCAAGUUAUUACAACAAACUCAAUACAAAAAGUUUAUGUCACUACUAUGCGUGUUUGGCCGAUUACAUUUUCUUUCCGACCACCAGUAACUCCUAUGGAUUUUUGGAUUCGAAUUACACCACUGUUUUCGUAUGCAGAAAAAUGUGGUGAAGUUGUUCAAAGAUGCAAAAAGCACGAGAUUCAGACAUCUGGUAGCUACAUAUCAAAGGGGAAAUCAUUUAUUGAAAUUCUUGGAGAAAGUUCUGAGUAUGUGUUGGGCAGUACCCUGUCAAAUUGCCCGCGUGACCAAAUCACUGUCCGCACACCUAUUGAUGUGCUCCAUCUCCUUCACUCCAAAUCAGAAGCUCCACCUAGCACUGCCGAUUCGGAUAUAUCAUUACUACCAGAGGUGAGAGGAGUUUUGUAUUGUAGACUUAGCUGCUACAACAGUUGUUUUGGUUUAACAGCUCGAGGUGAGAUUGAGUUAGUUAUAACUCUCGAAGCAAAGAAUGAUGAGUCAGUUAAUCAAGAGAAUUUCACAAUCUUUGGCCUUGACAAAAUACGUGUUCGUUGUUGCUCUUGUCCGACAAGAGAUGCAAAGUCUGAUCACAAGCUUUCAGCCCAUACUUUUGGAGCAAGUUCCACCGGAAUAAGUUCUAGAAGGUUGUCACUUAGUUUAUCUGAUCAUUCGAAUAUUCGAAUAAAUACUGGGAGUUCAAGUUCACGAAAUAGUUGUCCUAGUAAAAUACAAAGAAUUGAAAAUGAAGACUGUCAAGAUUCAUAUUCAUCUGUUAUUCUUAACGGUAGAAAAUAUUUCAUUACCAUGACUGAUGAUCCAGAAGUAAAGUCAGCAAACACCACCUUGAGGGAUUUAUCAGCGUUAACAUCUGAAAGAUGGACAUGUUCUCGUUCUCGAAAUCGUGCACUGAAACGUAUCAAAAGGCUUUAUCGAAAUUUGGAAAAUUAUAUUGUUGAUUGUACCGUUAAAGAGUUAUCUAGAAAAGGAAAUGAUUGUAUUCCAUCUCAGGGGUCUCAAGAGAGUACAAGUUCAACUUCAUCUACAGCUGACAAGUUACUUUUGUUUUAGUCAUACUGUAAAACAUGACAAUAAGCAGAAAAGUUUUGCAAUCUGAACUGUCUUCGAAACUGGCUACCAAGUGUUCUACCAACUCCUUUAUUCGAUUCGCUGAAACUUCUCACUCUGUCCGAUAAUUGUUGCAACUUCGACUCCAUGUCCCGUUACAUACUACUUACAAACAUCUUUAUUAGUAGCGUCCACUACAAUACUAGUGUUUACACUUAUCGAACGGGAUUUUUCUUCUCAAUAUGUGCGCUGAUUUCCUAGGUUAUAAAUACACAUACACUUUCUCUCAGCGUAUGUCUUGGGUAAAAAUAAUUGGUAAUUGAACUGUUUCAUUGAUUAGUAAACUGUUUUGUAAAUUCGUAUUGAACUGCAGAUAUUCACUAAGAUUCCACACUUUCUUAUGGUAAAAUAGGUUGAUGAUAGUAGAAAAGGGAUAAAAAAGAGUAGUUUGCAUUGCUUUUUUCAUUAUACAAUGUCAGAUAAUGUUGUCAUAGCUCAUUCUUUUCAAGCAAUCUUCUGUGUUUCAUUAGGCUGCUAGUUUUCAGGUUUUAUUUUUAGAAAGUCUAGUCAUAUAAUUAGAAUUGCUUAAGGUAUGUAGUGGCUAGGCUUCGAGAUAAUUUAUUAGGUUUCCUUUAUAAAUCACCCUGAUAACCGUUAUUAAAUAAAUCCAGACGGUGUAUGGGUUCGGAAGGCAAUACGUAGCAGCUACUACAGUUUAUUAUUAGAUAGCACAGAUAACAAAGUCACAAGUACGUCAAGCGAAUUUCAGAAGAGAGGCUAAUGUGCGCGAGCAAGCGAAUACAGAGGUGGACUCAGUCAAAUCAAAUCGAGUCGAAGCGAAACAAGUCAAGGCAAAGCAAUCAAUAAGAUUCAAGCACAUUUAUAUGUGGGAAAGACAAUGAUUCAUUGAGCGAUAUUUAAGCGAAUAGCAUUUAAGCUAGAGAGAAAUAUGUGAGUAGGCUCCCACGUGUGAUCAAGCGUACACGUUUAUACAGAUAUGAUAGUGAUCAUAGUAAUACAAAGAAACAGACAAAUUGUUUCUGUUCCGAUAACUGUCAAAUAAGUUAAUUGGAGGGCUUGACAAAAUUAAUCGUAGGAGAUUUGCUAUAGUUAUACAAUUAUUCACUUUCUCGAUGUAUAUUAAAUACGUUUGACAAUAUUUAAACCAAUAUUAAUGAUGGUAUGAUUCAAGAUGCAGACCAGUGCUUCGUUACUUAUCCAGUUUAAAUGCAAAUCCAGGACCCUUGGUGUGUUACUAAUACGUUCAAAAUGUUACUAAGACUCGUACUUCAAUUAAAGUGUUUGUUAGAACAUUCCCUCAAACCAGAGAUUACUAAAAGGCUAAUAGAUAGACAAUAUAACAUUUGCCUGAAUUAAACAUCUAAAGCGAAAGAUCCCCACGAUCAUAACUGAAACUACUGAAUAUCCAUGGCCAAAUGAUCAUAUGACCGUCUUAGUCAUUCAUAAAAGGUAAAGAGUGACCAGUCAUCAGACAGAUGAAAUGCAAUAAAAAGUAGAGUUAAAACACUGUUAGUGACUCAUGUAAGCCAAAGGCUAUAUCAAGUGAAAAUAGUGAAAAAGGGAGUGACACAUAUUAUAGGUAAUAGAACUUGUUGGAACUAAGCACAUACAGAAUCUAUAUUUGUUAGUAAGGUGAAGCUUAUUCAACAAUAUAUUAUUACAUCUUAGCUAAUCAGAUUUUGCAGUUUGAAGUCUUGAUUCAUUAUCAAAAUAAGUAGUCAAUUAUCUUUUGAAAAUACAGGAUAUAAAAUUAUAGUUACUAACAUAGUAGUACUUUUAUAUAAAAUGUCUUAACAAGUAUAUUUAUGAUCAGAUUGUUCAAAAUGUAUUACGAGAAUAUAUCACACGAUUGUGAUAACUUUCGUCUUCUUAUUACACUAUCGAAUUUCAUCAAUAGGACUGAUUAUAUACAUUUCUUUUUCACACACCCUCACCUAUAUAUUUAUCCUGACUAUUCAUCAUAAUCUCUCACACAUCAAAUAUUUGUGGUUUCAACUUGUAAACUUAUUUUAAAAAUAAUCCUAAAUUCUCAUAUUGUAAUCCUGGAUAUAUGUAACACCACCUCCCUAUUAUGAUUAAAUAGGUCCAGAAUUGAUUGAUUGGAAAAUAUCAUUUUUGUUGAUGUGUAUUUGUGUUCUAUUCAGAUCACUUCGAUACAUUCUUAUUGAAAUUUAGUCAUUAUGCUUUGUAUUAAUCUUAUUGUAGUGUUGUUUCCACAUUUUUGAAAGUCAUAUUUUAAUUAGGAAUACAGAUUGGUCAUUUAGAUUUUUUUCACCUUUUAUAUCUCAUUUAUUUGCACUAAAUUAGGUUGGUUACGUAACAGAUGCUAAUAUUUUUUUGAGAAUGAAAGUUCAUUUUCGUCUAAUUAAGGUCAAUUACGUUUUUCGGUUAAAUGUGUUAUCGUUUAAUGUACGAUAGAUACUUAAUGCUAGUUUGUGUAGGCUUAGUUAGACGACUGUUGAGGGCCAUAGGGAGAUGUUUUAUCCUAUUAUUGAGACUCUUCAGGGUUGAUAUCUACGAUCCUACCAGUUGUUUCUAACUCCCUAGCAUUCUUGUGAACUGGAAUGUUCAGUCAUAUAGACUAAAAGUUGUUUUUAAUUAAAGUUAAUCUGUAGUAAUUGCUAUACAUUAUGACAUUGGUCUUAAUUAGCACAAUCGUUAGAUUCAAGUAUAUAUCAGUUUAUAUUCUAGAUCAGUUGUUUAGUCUGAAUCACUCAUCACUGUCUGCAGUUCUAAAAUAGACAAAAAAAACUCUACCGGUGUUGGGUAGCGUACGAGGUAUUAUAUUUCCUUAAAACAACGAGCAUUCUUUACGAUAAAUUCUCAUCGAGUCUUACAUUCAAAAAUCAAAUCAAGGCUGCAAACUGAUGACCAAACUUAGGACAUAUACAUUUUUCUAAAAAUUACGACAUACAAAUCCGGAAUCUCUGUCAACUACUUCUAAAUAACAUCUGCGCAUUGUGCACCUUCCGUCGAGUCCCUUACAAUGGUGGCUACAUUGAAACUUGACCAACAGCAUUUCACCAAGUCUAAGGUUCUAAUAAUAUUGACAUUCAGUUAGUAUUAAGCGUGACUCAUACUUAUUUUGUGAUCACGUGACCUUCAGCCUGGAAUGUCUGGAAAAUAAAAGUACACUGAGCAGAUAGAUUAAGUCUUACGAUUCCUCAGUGCUAAAGGUUAACAUGAAUGCAUGGAAAAUGAAACUAAAUAUAUAAUUCUAUUCCCAACUAUAUCGUGUUAUCACUUUUUAAUAAUAGACAAUUCAUAUCAGACAUUUAGACUAUAUUAUUCAUGUUUUUUUAUUCGUAUGUAUACAGGCGGGGCUAUAAUUUAUGGACUGCCUGUGGGAGAUGCUAAAGUGGCUUUUAAAAACAACCACUUUCUAGGGUCAAGAAGAUAUUACAGAUUGAUGUGAUAGAUUUUGAUUAAGAGAUUGAAAUGUUAGUUACUGUUAGAUAAUUAACUAACAUUUUAUGGAGUUAGAUUUUACUGAAUCAUUUUAAUAUUUAAAUGUCAACCACCGAGGAGUAGCCAUUUUUAAUCGGCAACUUUCUUUGGUUAAUAUUUAUUAACCCUUCUGGCGUAAUUCUAUUCAAAAUAUCAUUAUUUAAUUUAAUUUUGUUAAUAUGCAAGCACCUAUUAAUUUUCUACUGGUAAUGAUAUUUCAAAAAGUAUUUGCAAAUUUAGAUUCACUUUUCAAAGUCAAUCAUCUACCGCGUAGGACCAGGCGCAUAUUUAUCGAUCCAAGUUGUCGUACCUCAUUAGUACAACAAGAUGUUAUAGUUGUGGUUUUUGCUAUAUAAACGA